AUGAUGGAAGCACAUCUAUCGCUUCGAACAUCCCUCGUUUGGCAUCUCAAGAUCCUUCUUCCGAACACCGAUCUUACAAACACCAACAGCCGGGAUGGAAUCCUGUUUCUCCCCUCGGCUGAUCAGUUGUUUAUGGAUGGAGGCGAUGCAACAUCGGAGAAGAGCAAGGGCGCGAACGAGGAGAGCCUUCCUCAAGGCAAGCGAGUGAGCUUGGUGAGUUCGACUUCAUCCCGUACAACGCGAGUGGAAGCGUCCGCGAUCAUCAAGGCACACGAGCAUAUAGGCAUGCUUCAAAGGUGGUGCAAGAAACAAGAUGAGGUGAUCAAGAAGCUCACCGAGACAGUCAAUUCUCAAGGAGAAGCUCUCUUGUGCAUCACCAAAAGCAACCAAAGGCCGCAUCACCAAGCAAAACCGUGGAGCCAACGUUAA